CAAAUCGAUCGAUACCGCGAGUAUUGAUACAAAGCGGAAGAUCAUCUGCUUCUCAGACUUCGACGGAACCAUCUUCAUGCAAGACACGGGUCACAUCCUCUUCAACAGCUUCGGCUGCGGCUCCGAACGCCGCAAGGUCCUCGACGAGCAGAUCCACAGCGGCGAGCGCUCCUUCCGCGAAGUCUCAGAGGAAAUGUGGGGCUCGCUGGACGUGCCGUUUGACGACGGCUUUGAGGUGAUGAAGGAGGCGCUCGAAAUUGAUCGCGACUUCCAGACCUUCCACAAGUUCUGCAUCAUCAACAACAUCCCCUUCAACGUCAUCUCCGCUGGACUCAAGCCGGUGCUGAGGAGAGUCCUGGAUCACUUCCUGGGCGAGGAGGACUCGAAGCACAUUGACAUCGUCGCCAACGACGCCACCAUCUCGACCGACGGCAGCGAAUGGAAACCGGUCUGGCUGCACGACACCGAGCUCGGCCACGACAAAGCCAAAUCCAUCAACGACUGGAAAGACGACACGCGACUCCAAAGCGACGACGGCACAAUUCCCAUGAUCAUCUUCAUCGGCGACGGCGUGUCCGAUCUCCCUGCUGCGCGCGAAGCCGACGUGCUCUUCGCCCGCCGCGGUCUGCGUCUAGAAGAAUACUGCAUCGAGAACGGGCUGCCGUACAUCCCCUUCGACACGUUCGCGGAUAUCCAGCGCGAGGUUAUCAAGAUCGCGAAGAAGGAUGAGGAGAAGACGAAGGGAAGGGGCUUGCCUGCGAACUUCAACCCGAGGGCGAACAUGUGGAGACGCGCUUCAAGCAAGACCGCGAUUCCGGCGUUUGCUAUGAUGUCGCCAAAGGAGGAGAAGACGUUCGAAUGGCCGUCGAUAUUCUCGUAUAUGAAGACUCCUCUGGAUGGUCCGCCGCUCGAAGUACCGGAGCCUGCCGCAGUCGCUGCGCCAGCCGCGUAGCCGGUCUAUCCUACGUCCCUUUCUUCGCAUCUUGCUCUUUUUCCUUUCUAGUUCAGCAUUGGCGCUGUUGGCGGCACACUCGCAUCCCGAGCCGGCGUUCCGCGCGACUUAUGACGUUGAACCGCUGCACUGUAUUCUAAGCGGGCGUUUGUGGUUGGAGGUUACAGGUCUUGCUUUUGGCGGGCCCACUCUCAUGGAAUGGCAGUUUUGGCGUCGUACCAAUAGACUUCGAUCGAUGAGAUCGAAUAAUGGUCCUACAUGUGUGGAGAAAGAGACAGAUAGACUACUAGUAGAGCUCGUAUGAAUACCACCGGUAAAUGAUGUACUUCUUGGUACCAU